CCGUUGACUCCAUCAAAUUUGAGAGAGAAAAUAAGAGGAGAGCAAAUUGGAAUCCCACUAUCGAGUUUCAGCUUCUCAACUUGCAGACACAAGCGAAUCCGCGCCUGGAAUCGGUCCAAAGAGAAGGAACAGGGGCUGUUGGAUUGUGAGUCGUCUGCUCCAUAUGGUCAGUUCACAUUUUCGAUUCGCCCAGUCCAUCCGAGUCCGCGUUUUUUCGGGCUUUUCUGCCAUGAAGUGUAUCCUAAGUUGGUGCUGAAUAAAGUAGUUGAACUAUUGAAAAGAUACUCUAAUGAUGGAAGUUUAGAUGGCCUUGUUUGUCACUUCAACAUGAGAAAAUUAUGACUAAUUGAAGCCAAAGGCCAGAAGCUACUAUCGAUAAGGAGAGAUGGAGAUUUCAUUACUAAAAGUGCUUCUGGACAACAUAUCCAAUUUUUUCCAAUUAUCAAAAAUCAUAGAUUCCGUGCUCGUGCAUAGAUAUUUUCAGAAGACUGAAGACAUACUGAAUCUCCUGAAGCAAAUUCUCAGUGGUAUUGUAGAUGCUGAAAUAGCUUCAGACGAACUGCUUCAAAAGAUAUUUUUAGGACUUGGUCAUUCAGUUGAUGAACUGAGAGAGCUGUUCCAGACAUACCAACUGUUGAGCAGUAAACUAUAUUUUAUUCUACUUGUUGAAUCAUUGAUUGCAAAAGUUCAAACUUACUGCCUGAGAAUUGUUGAGCUACUCAUAUCUUUCGAUUAUUGCCUCCCUUCUGAAUCAAGUUUACCAUCUCUUGAGAACUGUGUGCUUAAAUUUAAGUCUAUGGAUUACGAACUGUUAUCAACAACAAUCACAAAAGCAAUAAAAAUUCACGGGGAAGGUUCUGGAGCUAUUUCAGACAGCCUUACAAAAAUUGCAGACUGCUUGAGCUUAAAGUCAAACCAAGAGCUCCUUAUCGAGCUUGUGGCCCUUGAAAAACAGAAGGAGAAUGCUGAUAAGAACGAGGAGGUUGAAUACAUAGAACAAAUAAUAGCUCUUGUCACUCAUAUGCAUGAAAGCCUCAUGAUGAUGAAACAGAAUGAGAGGUGUACCCCUGUCCAGAUACCUUCUGAUUUCUGUUGCCCUCUCUCGCUUGAGCUCAUGACAGAUCCUGUAAUUGUUGCAUCUGGACAAACAUAUGAACGAGCCUUUAUUCGAAAAUGGAUUGAUCUUGGCCUCAAUGUUUGCCCCAAGACUAGACAAACUCUAACCCACACAAAUCUUAUUCCUAACUACACUGUCAAGGCACUGAUCGCAAAUUGGUGUGAAUCAAACAAUAUAAAGCUGCCGGAUCCAAUUAAGUCUUCAUCAGUUGUAGUAGCUCAUCUGGAUUCUAAUGCACCUGCAAGGGAUAUCCAUGCCUUCUCGCAUUCAAGAACCAACUCGCCAGCAUCAUCUGCCAACUCAACUCGGUCUUCAGAUUCCCCAAGGAGAACUUCAUUCUCAUCUAAUGCAGUUCAAAUGGAUGUUUCAUCUGUUCCCAUAACCAGGAGUGUUGACUCGGACGGUCAUUUCUCUAUGCCGCUGACCGUGAUGAAUAGCACGUUGUCUGCUGAUGAAGACUCCUCCCAUCAAGGUCAUAACCGAACCACCUCUGCACCAAGUUCACUGUCUAACCCAAACUUUUCACAAGCAAAUACUGAGCACGUGAAUGAAGUAUCUUUACCCACCACUACUGCAUCUGCUGUAGCUCCUCCUCCCAAGGAGGUUGCGUCAGGUAGAGAAUCAGAGUUCUUAUCCCUGCUGGGAGCCACAAGACUUCGUCCUCCGUCAACCUGGCGCAGAACAUCCUCCCUUUCUACUAUUGAAACAAGGGCUGAUCUGGUCGAAGUUGAAGAGAAAGUGAGGAAACUUAUUGAGGACUUGAAGAGCACUUCCAUAGAACUGCAGAGAAAUGCAACAUCUGAACUCCGUUUACUUUCCAAACACAGCAUUGACAACCGGGUAAUAAUUGCAAAUUGUGGUGCUAUCAGCUUAUUGGUCAACCUGCUGUGGUCCGAAGACAUGAAUGUGCAGGAAAAUGCCGUCACGGCACUUCUAAAUCUGUCGAUCAAUGACAACAACAAGACUGCUAUAGCAAAUGCUCUUGCAAUUGAACCCUUGAUUCAUGUCCUUGAGAAUGGGACCCCUGAGGCGAAGGAAAAUUCUGCCGCAACUCUGUUUAGCCUCUCUGUCAUUGAGGGCAACAAGGUCAUGAUUGGGAGGUCUGGGGCAAUAAAGCCUCUUGUUGAUUUGCUUGGAAAUGGAACACCUAGAGGCAAGAAAGAUGCAGCUACAGCUUUAUUCAACCUGUCAAUACUUCACGAAAACAAAUCCCGGAUUGUGCAAGCAGGUGCAGUCAAACACCUUGUGAAGUUGAUGGACCCGGCAGCAGGGAUGGUUGACAAAGCAGUUGCUGUUUUGUCUAAUCUUGCUACGAUUCCAGAGGGGAGAAUAUCAAUUGGUCAGGAAGGAGCGAUCCGUGUUCUGGUUGAGGUUGUAGAGUUGGGGUCCGCGAGAGGCAAGGAGAAUGCAGCUGCUGCACUCCUGCGGUUGUGCACUAAUAGUGGUAGGUAUUGUAAUAUGGUUCUCCAGCAUGGGGCAGUCCCACCGUUAGUAGCAUUGUCCAUGUCAGGCACCCCUAGAGCGAAAGAGAAGGCUCAGGCACUUCUAAGCUACUUCAGAAACCAACGCCAGGGUACACCAGGUCGGGGCUGAUGUCAUAGUUUGAGCUUACGAAGAGCAUACCAGCAUACAGAUUUAUAUGAAGCAAUGCAGUUAUGACAACUCAAGUUUUUCCCGAGCACAGUGAUCAAGAAUUGAUUUAUGAAAGAAUAGACACACCAAAAGAUUUACUUUCCCGUAUAUGUUCAGACAGUUCAGUAGGAGCAGUAUUUUUACAAAUAAUUAUUUAUUUCAGAUUUUCAGGGAAUUCCAUUUGUUUUACUGCAAUGACUGAACCUCCCCUUGCCUUUGUUUUGCAACUGAAAAUCAAUUUCGAGUAGUUAUUUUUUUUUAUAGAUAUGAACGAUAUGUGCCUUGAGUACACAUCAUACAGCAUGCACAAUAUAUUGCAUGUAUAGAAUUACUUAAUUAGUUGCGAAAUGUACUUGACUACUUUCAACACAACAGCCGAGAAGUAUUAUA